CAAACCAUAUUCCACUCUCCCCCUCCCUCCCCUCCCCACCUAGCCGACUCUCUUCGACGACGCUCCAGCCUUGAUUUUCGGCCAUGGACUUUACGCCGCUCAAGUCAUCUAAACGGAAUGCCGAUGCCAAGUCGCUCGUUGCCAAGGCCAAGGAGGAGCGAGAGAAGCGAGAGCAAGCCCGGCUUGAAGCCCAACAGGCCAAUACCCGACAGGCAGCAGCCCGGACCAUCCUCCGUUCGCUCGUGCGGCUCCGUCGUCAAAGAACAUGCACAGCCGAGCUGAGAAGUGACUGGGACCAAAGGACCCGCUUCCGGGUUCUUGACGAGCAUCCGCUGCCCGCCGGCACCGCAGCGUCGUCGCCGCCCAAGGAUGCUGGCGAGCCGCUACUGCACAUCGAGCUCGAUCUGGACGGCCUGCCUCCUGCCGCCGGACUGCUCGUACGAUUCUACGAACCCGAGCAGGAUCAACUCCGGCUCCUGGCGCUUUGCCGGGCGCUUCUUGCUCACUCCCCAACCAAGGUUGCCCAGCAACUCUGCUCGUGUGCGGUUCCGCUGAUGGGGCGGCUGCUCCAAAUCUGCGCUCGUCAAGUGAUUCAGGCCAAAGCCGACGGGCGUUUGGUGAGGGCCUUCAAUGACCUGACGGCGGUCCCAAAUAUGGAUCUCUACCUGACCGGACCAGAGCUCCGCUUCAUGAUUGUUUUCAUGGACGUCAAGGUGCUUGGGCCCCACAGCGCCGGUGUCUUCCGGUACCUGCGGGGAUCCGACUUUUACGAAAUCAUUGCCGUUGGACUGGAGGUCCGGAUCCAGAAGCUUGUCCAUAUCGGAUCGUUGAAAAAACGUCUCGAUAUCCACACGGCAGUUGUCAAGAAGCUGAACCUCUGGGUGAAUGGGAUGGUGCAUAUCCUGUCGCUCUCGCUAUUGGCGAGCAACUCGCCGGCCCCGUCGAUGGAGAAGGCCCCUGAUCAAUCGCCGGAUGGCAGCACAAGACCCCACGAUGAGCCAGAGCACGGGCCAACACUCUUCAUCAGCCGUUUCAUGACGAUACCGCUCCUCAUUUCGGCCAUCGACCCAACAGCGGUGACGCUGCUGUCGAAAUCGCUGCUCCUCGACAAGAUUACGGCAACGCUGGCCUCGCACACAGGCCGCCGCCAGGUGCUUGCCGAGGUCGCUGGAUCCGAGUCGGUCGUGUUUCUUACUGCCAAUCUGUCGGCACUCUAUCACAGGGCACCGGGUCCAUCAAGCGCAUCCCGUGUUGAGGGUCGUCCGGAGCGGCACAGCGACUUUGUGCGAUCUGUGCUGUAUAUUCUGCAACAGGGACUCGAGCCGUCCGGUGUCCUGCCAAGCAACCGCAAAUAUCACCCAAUCCUGAAGUGGACCCAGGCACGCAGCAUCAAGACGUACUCACCCGAAUGCUACCAGAGACUUGGCGAUGAUCUCGCACUCUUGUGGAGGCGAUCGUUUGUGGCCACAAGCUUUGCGGCCGUGCUAGAUGUCAAGGCUGCGUCUGCAUCAGCGACAAGUACUCCGGCACAGAGUCCACGAGGAUCCGUAACGGAGCAGACCUUGGCAACAAUUGCCGUCCAUGAUGCAUGCGAACUCUUCCUGGCUCUCACACGGACCAUACAGGCCUUCAAGCCAUCGAUCAUGAGCUCGCUGAGCUUCCACCCUGGCUUGGUGCCUGGCCUCUGGCGCUUUUUGGCCGCGACGACAGUCCCGUCGUCGCUCUUUGGCGGAUCUCGCGACCGUCUGCACAUUCUUCUGGAUGCUGUCGGCGCUGAGCCAGCGAAAGAGCCGCUGAUGCCUAUAUUGGAGCUAUUUUGCGAAGGAAUGUACCUCAUCUUUCUGACUCUGGACGAAGAAGAGAUCUACCAAACUGAGCGCCCCUUUCGUCUGCAGGAGCUGUCCAAGAUUUCGCUCUUCCUGAAUCAUUUUUGCUACCAGCUCUUUUGGAAUCAGUCCAGAGUUGCCCGUAUCUCGGCACCAUCGGACUCAACAACAGUUCAGGAGCAGCAGCAGCCGGAUGUCAUUGAACUCCAUGGAGCGUUGGCCCAGAGCAUAUCGAUUCUGGAUCCAGCCCUGAAGCUACUGACGCUUCUACAUACCCGCAGCGCUCGCCGCGCGUUCGGAGAAGAGACCGACAUGUGGGGCAUUGUAAAGUCGAGCUCGAACCCUUGGAAGAGAAGCACCGGCACCAUAACAGCGAAGGACUUUGUUCGCGAUGUGCGAGCGGGAGACAGGCGAUGCACGCUCAUCUUGGCCAAUCAGCCGUGGUGUCUGUCGUUUGCGAGCCGUGUCGAGAUAUUUCGUAGUUACAUCGAAGCCGACAAGGCGCUCUACCAAAGCUCUGGCUCUACGCGCAUUGUUAUACACCGAGAGAGGGUCUUGGAGGACGGCUUUACUCAGCUUGGACCUCUUGCGGGCCACCAAUUCAAGCAAACCAUUCACGUCAAGUUUGUCAACCGACUCGGGCUUCAGGAGGCCGGCAUCGACCGCAGCGGAGUGUUCAAAGAAUUCCUCGAGGACCUGGCCUCAAAGUGCUUCGAGCCCAACUUGAACUUGUUCAAGAGUACACCCGAUGGGACCGUGGUUCCGUCUGCGACGUCAUUCGUGCAGGAGAAUCAUCUCGAGCUGCUCGAGUUUGUCGGGCGGGUAUUUGGCAAGGCGCUCUACGAAGGCAUUACCCUCGACAUUCCCUUUGCAGAUUUUAUUUACUCCAAGUUGCUGGGCAUGUACAAUUUUUUGGAUGAGCUUCCAUCGUUGGACCCUCAGCUUUACAAGAACCUGACAUCGCUGCGCCACUACGAAGGGGACUGUGCCGACUUCGGCCUCAAUUUCACCAUUGAUCUGGAUGUGUUUGGCAAGGUCGUGACUCGAGAACUCAAGCCUGGUGGCACCCACAUCUCCGUGACGAACGACAACGUGCACGAAUACAUCUACCUCACAGCCGACUAUCGGCUCAACCAGGAGUGCCGAGAUCAGUACAGAGCCUUCAUUGAAGGAUUCCGCAAGAUCAUACCGGAGGCGUGGCUGAAGCUGUUUUCUCCCACCGAGCUGCGCGUUCUGAUGUCAGGCGAAGAUAGCUUGUUUGAUGUCGGCGAGUUGCGACGAUACACCAGAUACGAGGGCGGAUACUUUGACCAGCACAAAGCCAUCAGGAUGUUCUGGCAGGUCUUGGAUGAGUUUGAUGCUGCUGAUAGGAGCAAGUUUUUGAAAUUUGUGACGAGCUGCUCCAAGCCUCCCGUCGGGGGCUUCCAGCAUCUUCACCCAGCAUUCACAAUCCGGAUGGUAGCGGUAUCCGCUGGAGACAACGGCCAAGCCGAGACAGAGAUCGUCCCCGUGAUGAGCCAGAUGCUUGGAUCUGUCUUUGGUCUUGGCAAGGACUCCAAGCGGCUGCCGACCUCGGCUACCUGCUUCAAUGUCCUCAAGCUGCCUGCCUAUGUCAAGAAGAGCACCUUGCGCGACCGACUGAGAUAUGCGAUCAACGCCGGUGCAGGAUUUGAGCUGUCGUAGGGCCACUCCAACCUGGUAUCGAUCACGAGCGCCGUAUGGAUGGGCAGGGCGGUGGACAAUUUGAACAAUGUGGACAA